AUGGCCUCCAACUCAACAACAAACGAAGAGCUCAUCGCCAAGGUCACCGAGUAUGUCGAGGCCUACAUGGCAAAGUACGAUGCUUCCCACGACUUCAACCAUAUCAAGCGCGUCCUCUCACUGGCCCACCGCAUCUACGACCAAUCCCCUACCUCCCCAGCACUAGACAAGCAGACCAUCACACUCGCGGCCCUCCUCCAUGACGUCGGCGACCGCAAGUACCUGAAGCCUGGCGAAGACGCAUCGACACUAGUUUCCACAGUCCUUCAGUCUCUCGGCGCUGACGAACACCUUGCCGCCCGUGUACAGACCAUUUGUCUGGGGGUCAGUUACUCCAGUGAGGUCAAGGAUCCGGCCCGCGUUCGCAGCCUGAUCGCCGACUACCCGGAGCUCGCAGUCGUGCAAGACGCCGACCGUUUGGAUGCCAUCGGCGCCGUGGGCGUCGGCCGAUGCUUUACGUUCGGCGGUGCCAAGGGCGCUCGGAGCAUGGACGACAGCAUCCUGCACUUUGAGGAGAAGCUGGUGAAGCUGGAGGGCAUGAUGAAGACGGAGAUUGGAAAGGAAAUGGCGAGAGAGCGUACGAAGCGAAUCUUGACCUUCAUGGAGUGGUGGCAGGAUGAGGCCGGGCCAAUCAGCGCAUGA